CAGACACUGUGGAGUGGCAAGAACUUUCUGGAGACAGCAUGUCAUUGCAGGGGACAGAGUGAUUCACAGUAUAAUCCAGGGCCAGUAAAGCUGCGUGCUUCGAGGGAAUGUGUGCUCUGAAUUUUGCUCCUCUGUCAUCUCUGUUAAUGUCUGCAGAGCAACGCUCUUUUUUUCUUCAAGUUGAAAGCAGAGAGAAUCCGCCACAUAAGAAUCUUCAUCAUGGGCGAUAAAGGCACGAGGGUUUUUAAGAAGGCCAGUCCAAAUGGAAAGCUCACUGUGUAUCUUGGUAAGAGGGACUUUGUUGACCACGUGGACCUCGUGGAGCCUGUUGAUGGUGUGGUUUUGAUUGAUCCAGAGUACUUAAAGGAGAGAAAAGUUUUUGUAACGCUGACAUGUGCCUUCCGCUAUGGGCGGGAGGACUUAGAUGUUCUUGGCUUGACAUUUCGAAAGGACCUCUUUGUGGCCAAUAUACAGGCAUUCCCUCCUGUGCCUGAGGAGAAGAAAAGCCUCACACGUUUACAAGAGCGGCUGAUUAAAAAGCUUGGAGAACAUGCUUAUCCCUUCACCUUUGAGAUACCUCCUAAUUUACCUUGUUCGGUGACAUUGCAACCUGGGCCUGAAGACACUGGAAAGGCCUGUGGGGUGGACUUUGAAGUAAAAGCUUUCUGCGCUGAAAAUGUUGAAGAGAAAAUUCACAAAAGGAACUCAGUGCGUCUCAUCAUCAGAAAAGUGCAGUAUGCUCCAGAGAAGCCAGGUCCACAGCCAAUGGCCGAAACAACAAGACAGUUCCUAAUGUCAGAUAAGCCUCUACACCUGGAGGCUUCGCUGGACAAAGAGAUUUACUACCAUGGCGAGCCAAUUAGCGUAAACGUCCACGUCACAAACAACACAAACAAGACUGUGAAGAAAAUGAAGAUUUCAGUGCGUCAGUAUGCUGAUAUUUGUCUCUUCAACACUGCUCAGUACAAGUGCCCAGUAGCGACAGAGGAAUCAGAUGACAUUGUGGCUCCAAGUGCAACAUUCUGUAAGGUAUAUACUCUCACCCCCUUCCUCGCCAACAACCGAGAGAAGCGUGGCUUAGCCCUAGAUGGAAAGCUCAAACAUGAAGACACGAAUUUAGCCUCAAGUACAUUGUUACGAGAGGGAGCCAAUAAGGAAAUUCUGGGUAUCAUUGUGUCCUAUAAAGUGAAAGUGAAGCUGGUGGUGUCUCGUGGUGGGCUCCUGGGAGAUCUCGCCUCCAGUGAUGUCGCAGUAGAGCUGCCCUUCACGCUAAUGCACCCUAAACCAGUAGAGGAAUCCAUCUACAAGGACAUUCCAGAAAACGAUGCACCCAUUGACACAAACUUGAUUGAGUUUGACACAAACGAUGAUGACAUCAUCUUUGAAGACUUUGCACGACAGCGACUCAUCGGGGCAAAAGAUGACAAAGAUGAGGAUGAAGAAGGUACAGAUUCGCCUAAGCUGAACGACAGAUAGACAAAGAAGACAAAUGUUCUACUGUAUCACAGCAUUAGAAAUGGAAUGAGAACCCCAUGGAGAAAAAACCUGAAGUUUGGGACACCCUUUAACACACUCACUGUGGUGCAGUUGUUGUGGUCCUGUUUACAUAUGUCUUCUCCAUCCUGAAAGGGUGUAAAAAAAAAUGUGUUGAAAAACAUGACCUCGUUGUCAAAAUAUUUAGCGGUGAGAUUUUGGUUCACUGGCCACCUACUGAGUGCCUAUGAUGUUUUGAGGGUUUUUCAUGGUAAGAGGAAUAGCUUUUCAUCAUAUUUAAAUGAACUUCAAUGGUAGCAUGCCUUUGUUGUUAGUUUGUUUUA